AUGGCCGAGGAGCAGAAGUGGCCCGCGGCCAAGGUCCGCGAGACCUUCAUCAAGUUCUUCGAGGAGAGGGGCCACACCGUCGUCCCCUCCUCGUCGGUUGUCCCCCACAACGACCCGACCCUGCUGUUCACCAAUGCCGGCAUGAACCAGUUCAAGUCCAUCUUCCUCGGCACCAUCGCCCAGUCCGAUCCCACGUACGGCCUGAAGCGCGCCACCGAUACGCAGAAGGGCAUGUCGUCUUGCCCAACCGCCGCGAACAGGGCAAGCGAGCUGACUGUAUGGUGUAGUUAUUCGUGCCGGUGGCAAGGCCACUCUUUCUUCGAGAUGUUGGGAAACUGGUCAUUUGGUCCGCAGGACUACUUCAAGAAGGACGCCAUCAAGUACAGCUGGGAGUUCAUGACCGAGACUCUGGGCCUCGAGAAGGACCGACUAUACGUGACAUACUUUGAGGGCGACCCCGCACAAGGACUCGAGCCCGAUCUGGAGUCGAAGGAGCUGUGGAAGUCCGUCGGUGUGCCAGAGUCUCACAUCCUGCCCGGCUCAAAAGCAGACAACUGGUGGUCCAUGGGUGAUACCGGCCCAUGCGGUCCCUGCUCUGAGCUGCACUACGACAAGAUUGGCGGCCGUGAUGCCGCCCACCUUGUCAACAAGGACGACCCCAUGGUUGUUGAGCUCUGGAACAAUGUCUGGAUGGCCUACGACCGCAGAGCCGAUCAGUCCCUGACCCCUCUCCCCGCCCAACACGUCGAUACCGGCAUGGGUUUCGAGCGUCUUGUCGCCGCUCUGCAGGAUGUCUCUUCCAACUAUGCCACCGACAUCUGGAGCCCAUACUUCAAGAAGAUUCAGGAGGUUACCGGCACAAGGGCCUACACCGACAAGUACGGUGCCGAGGACCCGGAGACCAUCGACACCGCCUACAGAGCCUGCGCGGAUCACAUCCGAAUGCUGGGUUUCGCCAUCGCUGAUGGUGCCGUUCCUAACAACGAGGGCCGAGGAUACGUCGUCCGCCGCGUGCUCAGGAGAGGUGCGCGUUAUGCCCGCAAGUACCUGAACGCCGAGAUCGGAACCUUCUUCUCUCGCGUCCUGCCCACCCUGAUCGAUGAGAUGGGCCAGCAGUUCCCCGAGCUCGUAAAGAAGCAGAACGACAUCAAGGAGAUCCUUGACGAGGAAGAGGAGGCUUUUGCCAAGACUCUCGACCGUGGUGAGGCGCAAUUCCAGAAGUUUGCCGGCGCUGCGGAAAAGAAGGGCCUCAAGAAGCUGUCUGGCGCUGAGGUUUGGAAGCUCUACGAUACGUAUGGUUUCCCCGUGGACCUCACCCAGCUCAUGGCUGAGGAGCGCGGCCUCCAGAUCGAUGACGAAGAGGUCAAGGCUGCUCAGGAGAAGGCCCGCGAGGCCAGCAAGAGCGUCAAGUCUGCGAUCGAGACGUUCCCCAAGCUGGAUGUCCACGGCAUCGCUGAGCUGGAGCAGCAGCACAAGGUUGCGAGGACCAACGACGCCGACAAGUAUGUCAAGGGCGACUCCAAGGGUAAGGUUCAGCUGAUUUUCGACGGCAAGGGUUUCGUCAAGUCUACCAAAGAUAUCGCCGAGAACACCCCCAUCAGCGUGAUUCUUGACAAGACCAACUUUUACGCCGAAGCCGGUGGCCAGGGUUACGGAGGCUACAUCCUUCACCACGGCUACAUCGAGUCUGGCACUCUUUUCGUCCGGAGACGAGGUUAUCUGCGAGUACGACGAGCUGCGCCGAUCCCCCAUCAGGAACAAUCACACGGGCACUCACAUUCUGAACCACGCCCUGCGCGAGGUGCUGGCGAAGACGUCAACCAGAAGGGCUCCCUCGACCUUCUCGAGAACCCCAAGAAGCCCGAGUGGCGCAACAUCAGCGUCGAGUUCUGCGGUGGUACCCACGUCGAGCAGACGGGCCACAUCAAGGACCUCGUCAUUGUUGAAGAGAGCGGUAUCGCCAAGGGCAUCCGCCGUAUCAUCGCCUUCACCGGCGAUGCCGCGCACCAGGUCCAGCGUGAGGCUACCGAGCUGUCCAGGCAGCUCGACAUUGUCGAGGCCCUCCCCUACAGCCCCGAGAAGGAGAAGGAGGUCAAGGAGGUGCAGCAGGCGCUCAGCAAGGCGACCAUCUCGACGCUGACCAAGGACGAGCUCAAGAAGAAGCUGGACAAGAUGGUCAAGGCCAUCACGGACGAGCAGAAGAAGCGCCAAAAGGCCGAGGCCAAGACGGCGCUGGACACUGUCCAGAAGUACUUCACCGAGAACCCUGACGCCAAGGCCUACGUCGGCCAGCUGCCCAUCUCGGCCAACACGAAGGCGCUCACCGAGACGAUCAAGCACUACUCGACCAAGGACAAGGAGCGUUCCGUGUACCUGUUUGGCGGCGGCAAGGAGGAGAACGCCGUGGUGCACGGUGUCUACGUCGGCACGCAUCUCGCGUCCAAGGGCGUCACCGCCGAGGCGUGGGCUUCGACCGUCAGCGACGUCGUCGGCGGCAAGUCGGGCGGCAAGGAGCCCACGCGCCAGGGCCAGGGCACGAAGCCCGAGGCCACGGACGACGGUGUCAAGGCUGCGACGAAGUGGCUGGAGGAGAAGCUGAAGCUGUAG